GAAAUACACAAUUGAUGUUUUGAAUGCGGAAAUAAGAGGCUAUUUCACAAUGGAUUAAACUCACCAUUUAGUCAUAAAAGGGAAACUGUUGUUUUAUUUUACAAAAGUUUGAAAAUUAUUAUUCUGAAUUUAACAGAAAAGGACCGGAUUGCAUGAAUGUUUUGGAUCUGACUUCAGAAGAAAAUGGAAUCAAAGUUUCUGCAGAUACUCUUGACAACUUUUCUAGCAUUUACUGUGAUGGUGCAUGAAACAAAAUCCUGGCGAGUGGUUCUGAAGGUAGGAAGAGGGAGGGCAAUUUCCCCGGCCACCAGUGUAGAGAAUCUGUGGCUAUCUAACGUCACUGUCAAUGACGAUCGGAACACGUACGUCUACACACGUGACACGGUUGUGAGUAGGUACGAACCUACUUAUAAAUCUAACUUCAUCAACAGCUGGUACGGGAUCAACCAGGUUAAAAUCGCUAUGUAUAAAGAUGGCAAGGAGGGGAUGUUCCUUAUCUUCAAUACAACUGGACACAACAGAAGAAACUUCUUCAGGGACUCCAACAUCAUCAAGAGUUCAUUCACAGAUUUAACCGAGUCUACCAACUAUAGUAUGACAAUAUCUGGACAGCAGAAUCGUAGUUUUGAGAUUGUAUCCGCUGAUGGCGGUCAUUGUACCAAUACCACUGGAUGGAUGGCAGCCAUGAACAGACUGAGUAGCUGUUAUACCGACGCACCUGUCCCUUACUUUCUGUUUGCAACGAAAACAAAAACAACGUUUAAUAACAUGUCAGUUGCAGAUGCAUUCGCAGUUUUUGUGGGUGACUGUAUUGAUCAGCCCUGUAACUAUGGAGGGGUGUGUGUAGAACACCUGGAAGAUUUCACCUGCCAAUGCCCAUCUCAGUUUUAUGGCAAAACGUGUGAUAUUGACUGUCCAUGUGCAUAUGGAACAUGUCAUGAAGUAACCGAUGAUGACGUCACAACCUCUGGAAUUGUCAUCAACGGGACGUUUAUAAAUAACUCCAGCUUUACGCUAGACAAUGGACGUGUUCGAUUGGCCUGCCAGUGUUUACGAGGCUAUGAAGGUGUCAAAUGCCAUAAAAACGUUGAUGAUUGUAUUGGUAAUCCUUGCCAAAAUGGAGGCGUGUGUGUGGACAAACUGAAUGGUUACACUUGUGACUGUCCACUGACGGCACACGGUUCUACUUGUCAAUACAAAACACCAGAACAGGACAAAACUAUGAAGACCGGUGGGGUGGUCGCCGUCGCCAUCACGGUACCCUUGGUACUAAUCCUCCUCGGCGCCAUGAUUGGGUAUGGCGUGUACAUUUACAGAAAUCCCGAGGGAUUCGGUCGAUCUACCACAUAUAAACAGUUUGCCAUCGCCAGAGAUUUUGUGCGACGAAGUUUCCGACGAAUGUCUGGACGAAGACCGAAAGCUCCAAGAAUUCUCCGAGAGCAACCCGACGGUCAAGAAGAAUCUGGAAAGAAGGAAGAAAAAACAGGCUUCGAUAAUCUGGGAUUUAAUGAACCUACUGGAACUGGUGGCUCAGUCCCUGUUUAUCGCAGAGAAAAUUCGGAGAUGUAUGAGCUUUCGGCAAACGACCAGUCGGUGGUUACAGGACCUAAUGCGUCAUAUGAAAAGUUGAACAUUAACAAAGGAAAAUCGGAAAACCAGUACCAGCAGUUAAAACACAGCCAGGAAAGAGGUGUUAGUGAACGCCCACGUCAGACGGGUCGGCAGGGUAGAGAGAAAUACGAUGACAUGCCGCCAACAUACGACGAAAUAAAAGAACAAUCAAAAUACCAACCCUCCCGCACUGGGCAUCCGGAGAGAAAUCCCCAACUACAACAAAAUAUUCCACCGCCUGGCAAACCUCAAUACCAACCGCGACAUAUAGAAAAUAAAAAUCCAAAUCAUGCGGCCACAAGUAACCAGAAUCGACCACAUCAACUAGACACACGUGGUCGACAAGAGGGCUAUGAACCGCGUAAUCAACGCGCAGGCAGCAACAACUCGACCAGUGAAGACAUUCCGAACGAUAGGUUUAGGGGUGGUCGAUCUACGCAGGGACAAAGUCCCCCGUAUGAUGGGUAUAAUCUCCAUCCGUCCUCAGCUUAUGGGCAGAAAUAUGGUCAAAAAUUAUACGGUAGUUCACAAGCUGUUGACUACAACACAACAGAAAACAUUCCGUAUGACAGGUAUCAGAAUGACCGCUCUCCCUCGUCACCUCAUGGACGACAGGAAUAUAACGCAGCUGAUAGAUACAGGGAUGACAUUUCUCCAACCUCUCCCUACGGACAG